AUGGAGCCGGGGGUCCAGCCCCCACGCUGCAGCCGGAGGGAGGGCUGCUGGCCCUCUCAUCGCUUUUCCCCGGCUUUGGCAGGAGAGUGUGGCAAGCUGAGGUCCUGCGAGAUGUGCACAGGCAGCAGCCACUCCCACAACGGCACCGACUGCGUCUGGGUGGGCUGCGGGACCCCCGAGGAGCCAGAAACAGGGAGCUGUGAGCAGAGAGGGUCAGCAGUGAGGGACGCCUGCGCACUCUACAACACCAGCACCCAGUGCCGAGCACUGAAGUCCCACACGGAGGAGCCUCCACGAUCCCAUAGCAAGGAGCCAGUGACACACUCCACAAGGACCACCACCAGCAGCGCCCCGCUGACGGGCAGCCCCGAGUUCCACCCGCCCGGCUUCGACACGGCGAGUUUCAUCGGGGGCAUCGUGCUGGUGCUGUGCGUCCAGGCCGUCGCCUUCUUCAUCAUCAAGUUCAUCAAAUCCAAGGACAGCACCUACCAAACUCUGAUCUGAGGUCCCCGAGCCUCCAGGCUGGGGGGGUCGCUGGCCCCGUCCUCCCCGGGUGAAGAGGCCCCUGCUGGGGUCACCUUUCCACAGCCGGACCGUCCCCCUGCACGGCCACACCACGACUAUGCAAAGCUGGGGACAGCGGGGUGGCACCUGUCACCCGGGCCUGCCCGGGGAUGCUCCGGGGCUGCUCCCAGGGGAUGCAGGGGGGGCACGGGGGGCCCAUCCCACCCUGAAUUCCACCUGCAGCCCCACCCUGCGCUUGCCAGAUGCCCGGGAGGCCAGGGGCAUCCAGGAAUCAGAGGACACGCGGCCGUGGUGGCAGUGGGGGACCCU